AUGAUGGGUUUGCCUUUUGCUGUUCGCGGCGGCUUUUCUGAUGGCCGUGCGUCGCUCUUUCUCAAACUUCUUCGAAGUUACACAAGAAUUUCUGUGCAAGAAAUGAAUCCCAACAUGCGAAAACUGGAAUAUGCUGUCAGAGGUCCCAUAGUUCAGCGUGCCAUUGAAAUCGAAAAGGAUCUUCUGAAGGGUGAAAAGAAACCGUUUGACAGUAUCAUCAGAUGCAACAUUGGAGAUUGUCAGUUUGCUGGGCAGAUCCCGAUAUCCUUCAUACGCCAAGUUACUGCAGUAGCUUGCGAUACGCAUCUCAUGGACUCUUCAGCAAUUCCUGACGACGCAAAGGAACGGGCUUUACGCUUUCUUAAAAGCUAUGCUACGCAUAUAUUGAUUUUAAAUCUAACUUUUGUGUUUCAUGCGCUUACCAAUAGAAAUUUGUUAUUGAAGCAAGGGUCUGUGAAUUCAGGUGCCUACAGUCAAUCAACGGGAGUUGAAGUAGUGCGUGAAGACAUUGCGGCAUACAUUGAGCAACGUGAUGGAAUUCCCGCAUCUCCUGAGAAUAUUUUUUUAGCGACUGGCGCUUCGGAGGCCGUUAAGUUCAUUCUCGGUCUGGUGGCCACUACAAAGGGAGGUUCACAGAGAGCUGGAGUCAUGAUUCCUAUCCCUCAAUAUCCUCUCUACUCCGCUACACUAAGCGAAUUUAACAACUACCAGAUUGGCUACUAUCUGGAGGAGGAGAGCGGCUGGAGCCUUUGCGAGGAAGAGUUAGAGAAACGGCUAGAGGAGGCGAAAGCGCAUUGCGAACCGCGUGUGCUUGUGGUGAUAAACCCGGGCAAUCCUACUGGUCAGGUACUCACCCGCGCCAAUAUCGCCGCAGUGCUGCAUUUCGCUCAUCGCAACAACCUUCUUGUCCUCGCUGACGAAGUUUACCAGCACAACGUUUAUGCUCCUGAUCGGAGCUUCUACUCUUUCAAGCGUGUCCUCCACGAGCUUGGUGGUGACAUCGCCUCAGAAGUUCAACUCGCCAGCACAAUGUCAGCCAGUAAAGGCUUCAUGGGAGAGUGUGGAUUCCGUGGCGGAUAUUGCGAGUUGGUAAACUUUGACCCGGAAGUUCGGGCCCACCUAUACAAGUGUCUCUCAGCCCGUCUUUGUCCCCCAGUUCUCGGUCAGUUGGCGAUGGAUGUGGUGGUGAAUCCUCCUCAGCCGGGCGAGCCAUCUUACAAGCAGUUUUGUGCGGAGAAGUCACAGGUGCUGAGCGACCUGGCAAAAAAGGCAAAACUAGUGGAGAAUCUGUUCAACCAAUUGCCUGGCUACCAUUGCCAACCCGUUAUGGGGGCUAUGUACGCUUUCCCUCGUCUGGAACUGCCUCCCAAAGCCAUGAGAGCUGCAGAGCUCGCCGGCAUGCCUGUAGACACGUUCUACGUUACUAAGUUGCUGGAGGAGACCGGUGUCUGCGUUGUUCCCGGUAGUGGUUUUUCUCAGAAACCCGGCACGUUUCACUUUCGGUAG